AAAACGCCCACAAUAAAUGCUGGGAAGCUUUACAAUCCACACACCAAAUGCUCCCUCCUCACAACCAAAACGUCACUCAAAUGAAACAUGGGCCGCGCAACUGACUGGUUUCGCUCGAUUUGGACCUCCAAACCCAAGAAGAUUAAAAGCAAGCGGGCCCUCCCGACCUCCGGCGAUAAUUCCGGCCAGUCCAAUAAUCGUUCCGAGGACCCUUUGGCGAGUCCCUUCGUCGUCGAGGGUAUCGAUGCCAACAAGCACGCUAUAGCCGUGGCGGCGGCCACCGCGGCAGUGGCCGAGGCUGCUCUUGCGGCGGCCCAGGCGGCGGCGGAGGUUGUCAGGCUAACCAGUGGUGGCAGGAGUGGGAGGGGCGAACCAGCCGAUCGGAGGCUAGUGUGGGCGGCCGUCCGGAUUCAGUCUGCUUUUCGAGCCUAUUUGGAUUGCAUGAACCACAGAAAAUAUGAAGAGAAGGCAAAUAGCAUAAAAAAUGGUAGAUCCCCUCAAAAGCGAAACCACACGAACUCACGCAGCAGCACCACCAGCAACAACGACAACUCUCAAAUCGCCUCUCAAUGGCUAAGCCAUUGGAUGGAGCAAUGCGCGUGGGAUCAAACGAACACCCGAGCUGACAAGAUCCUCGAAAUCGACACGUGGAAGCCCCGUCUCAACACAACCCAAAAUGACCAAAAUACCCCCACCUCCCAAUACUUGUCCGCAUACAAGCCAAACCCCAGCGCAUCUCCCGAGGAUGCACGCGCGGGGGAUAACAGCCCGAGGGUGCGCUCAGCUUAUGGUAGGCCCAAUAUGAGAGGGAGCGAAUGUUCUAGAAGCUUGUUUGGGGACUACCCGAGCUAUAUGAGCAACACCAAGUCUUCCAGAGCCAAGGUCAGGUCUCAAAGCGCGCCAAAGCAGAGAGUGCAAAUGGAGCUACUAAGUGGUGCUUCAUAUGGGUGGGAAAAUUCAGACACGGUCUCUGAAAGGGGUUCAUUCUCCGUGGCAAGGCCCAGGGGAAGUGGUUAUCGCUACUCGGGUCAGGUGAGAAGGCAAGAAAAUCCCAUGUGGGAUGGGGCCGCUGCCAGGUUUGGGUCCGUCUAUGACCGUAGGAUCUAAGCGUGGUUUUGUUUUCGUUUUUUGUGACCGUGUAAAUUUUCGGCCUCUCUCUCUAUCUCUCUAAGUGUGUUUGUUUGGCAAUUGAAAAUGUGUGUGUAUAUUGAGCUAACACUAUUUGUGUGCUGUAAUGCCCGAGAAUAUAUUUGACUAGUUGUUCAAUUUUGCAAAUGUUGGGUGAAGGGCUAGUUAGAACUUAGGAAUGAUUGUAAUUCGGGAACUAGCUGUUAAUUGAUGUGGUAUUGUUUUGGUUUGUCAUUUAUUUUUAUUUGGAUAUAUUAUCAUACAAAGGCGGAUACUGAUAAAUUAUACUCCGUGAUCUAAAAUGUUUUUGAUUUAUAAUACGAAUGGUUGUAAAAUCUG